AUGAACACUGACAACAUCAACGACAACUUCACCCUGGCUCAGGAGCACGACGACCGCGAAAGGGCCGCUCCUGCAUUUGCUGAAGACGUCGCAACAGCUGCUCGCGAAAGGGGCAGCGAAGAUGUCAACAAACGGAUUCUCAACGCGCUUCUCGGUCUGGAAGAGCGUGUGAUGCGCAUGGAGGCUUCGCAGAUCAAGACUGAAGAAGACGAGCGCAUGCGCGGCGCGAUUGAGAGUAGGAUGUUCAGCUCCGCGCUCGGGCGUGACUUUGGGCGAGAAACGAUGACGCGAGACGCUCUCGGAUUUGCGCCGGCAGUGCGCAAUGCCUCGUCGCCACAUGGCCCGUACCCCGGUUCGCGCGGUGCGCCGCUUAUGCCGCAGUACACGCCUCCGCUCGGGCAGCCACAAGCUCCUCAAGUGGGACCAGCAGCAGCGCUACCUCCAGCUGCUGCUUACGUGCCUGUGGGGAAGUACCGUGUGCCUGAUGCUCGACAGCGCAAGCUCGCCAUCCGGAAGUUUGAUGGCAGCGAGCUCUACCAAGGUCUAGGCUCAAACUUCUUCGAUUGGGGUAAGUCGUUUUGGCGACAAGUCGACAUGGCUCAAGCAGCGUGCGGCUUCCUAUGGACCAAAGAUACCAAGACUGACGUCCUCGGGCAGUAUCUCUCGGGUACUGCAGAACGUUAUUUUAACAAGCAGAUUGACGCUUGGUGGUCGGUGCUGCCGACACUGCAGUUCGUCAUGGAAAAGAUGCUCCAGACAUUCCGUACAACGAUCACAGCGUCGCAGGCCAUGAGGCUGUUUACAGCGAAAAAGGACUCGAAGCGAACGUGGCCAGAACACUAUCUUUAUCUCGUGGCGGUGAGCGACGCUUGCGGAGGUGCCGAUUCGAACGUGCUGGACAACAUCGUGCGAUAUGCAUCGGCCGAACUGUCCACUGUCCUCAUGGCAAAGUACGACACCUCGCGCGCCGACCACCUCGCGCAUGCAGAAGAACUCGCUCACUUUGCCCAAUCGAUCGAGCUCGAUGCGCGUUUAAGUCGCUCAUUUGGUCGUGACGUCGUGUCGCACGUGGCCGAUGACGAGCCACGAAAGGAGACGCGCACUUGCCACGGAUGUGGUAAAGUCGGCCAUCUAAAUCGCGACUGCCGAAGAAAAGAGAAGAAGCCGACCUGGAAGACCCAGUGGAAGUCGCACCGAUGUGGAUCCAGCCGACACAUUGUCAACGACGAUCGACUGCUGAUUAACGCAAAGCGAUGUGACCAAGAGUGCAUUGUCGCAGAUGGUGAGCCGUUGCGCCUAUCGCUUGUCGGUAGUGUGGAUAUUCGCGUGUUUGUCGACCAGCAGCCCCGUAUGAUUCGCGUAACAGACGUCUUCUUCGCGCCGCUGCUCGCUCGCAACAUCCUGUCAUGCGGCAAGCUCGUGAAGAAAGGGUACAGUCUCGUGCACGACGACCAGCAGCUAUCACUCGCCAACCAAGACACAGGCGACGUAGCGUUUGACGUGCAGAUGCGCAACAACGUAUUCUACGUGGCAACGUCGCCAGAAACGGGACGCAAGCAGUCGCCUACAGAUGUGUUACUGGCGGCGAUCACCGAAGAAGUGACGGUGCCCGUGCGACAGGAUGUGCAAAGCGGGACACUAAUGCACUUUCACGAACGACUCGGUCAUAUUGCUCUCGACACCAUCGAGCGAAUGGCGCAGGAUCCGGCAAGCGGCAUCGAGCUCACCGACCGUAAACGGCUCACGUGCAUCACCUGUGCUGAGGCGAAGCAAACACGAAAUGCACAAUCGCGGAAAGACAGCGGCAGGCACAGCCCGAUCGAUCGUAUCGGCGGUGUCAUCUGUUCGAAUCGCAAAGGACCGAUGACCCCCGCCGACCGCCUGAAGAACCGUUAUAUGGUCAACUUCAUCGAUCAUUACAGCAACUACUGCCUCGUUUUUCUCGCGUCUACCAAGGACAAGGCCGCCAAGAAGUUCGAACACUUCCUUGCGUGGUUCGAAAAGCGUUUCGACUGCCGAAUCCAUGUACUUCGCACAGAUGGAGGCGGCGAGUACAUGAACGUCGAUCUGUUUUGCAAGGCAGCAGGCGUCGAGCGACAGAAGAGUGAAGCUCGCAACCAGGCUUCAAACGGAAAGGCGGAGCGAAUGCAUCGCACUGUGCUUAACAUGGCGCGGUCGAUGAUUUUUGCAAGCCGCUUGCCGCUGUAUUUCUGGGGAGAUGCCGUCGAAUACGCUGCAUUCGUUCUGAAUAGAAGUCCAACCAGUGCGAAUGCACGCCGCGCGUCGCCACUACAGAUGCUGACGAAGCAGACACCAGACCUGCGCGAGAUCGUUGCGUUCGGGUCGAUCUGCACGGUGUAUCGCGAUCCACGCAAGAACUCGCUCAAGCAACGAGCGCAAGUGGGAGUGAUCGUCGGUCGUAGCGACAAAACUAAGGUGUACCGCGUGUUUUUGAAGAAAGACAACGUCGUCGUCGUCAAACAACACGUGAAGAACAUUGAAACGCUCAGUGACGAGCAGAACGAUCGGUUGCAGCGCGUACUCGAUGACGCAGAUAAGGACGAACGUGCGAUUGCGCAAGCACCGAAGGAUGCUACGAAGAAGAAGAAGCAGUGGACGCGCACAGCACACGGCACACGAAGCGCAUCGAAGCGUGCUCAAGUGUCUGCAGCUCAGGAGGAGCCUGCAAGCGCGAUCGACAUCGCCGCUCACCUGUACGAACGUGAUCCGACCAACUACAGCGAGGCAAUGCGGAGCACGAAGCGUCCCGACUGGGAAAAAGCGAUGCGUGAAGAAAUCGCAGCGCUCGAAGCGAACGAUGUGUGGCGUGUGAUUAAGCGCCCUGCCGGUAGCAACGCGCUGCAUAGCAAGUGGGUUUACAAAACAAAAACCGACGCACAUGGCGACCUGGAGCGCUACAAGGCUCGACUGGUCGCAUGUGGCAAUGAACAGGUGUUCGGCAUCGACUACCAGCUCACCUUCGCGGCCGUCAUGGACAUGUCGACCGUGAAGGUUAUUAUCGCGCUUGCAGCAACAUGGAACGUGCCAGCCAAACACGGGGACAUUCCAAAUGCCUACGUUCGCGCAAAUAAGGAAGCGAACCUCGAGAUCCUGCUUCAAGUACCACGCGGCAUGGAGGUGAACGACACGACGUUGCAGCAAUUAGGAGCAAAGGACAAGAACGGUGUCGUGUUGCAGCUCAGGAAGAGCUUAUAUGGGUUAAAGCAGGCGGGACGCCUGUGGAGCCAGUUGCUACACUCAAGCCUCACCGAUGCCGGUUUCCUACGUUGUUGCUCGGACAUGUGUUUGUACUGGAAGAAUGAAGGCGCCGAGCUCGUCGUCGUAGGAGCAUACGUCGACGAUCUCCUCGUGACCGGCACCAGCACUGCAGUUGUCGAUCGCUUCUUUGUGAGCUUAUCGACACUCGCGAUUAAGGAUCUCGGCGAAGUAAGCAAGUUUAUGGGAAUGCGCGUCACGCGUGACGGCUCAAGCUACACGCUUGAUCAAGAGGGAUCGAUCAAGGACCUGCUGCGCGAGCACGGCCUCGAGGCGGCGAACCCGACGCGCGCACCAAUUAGUGCCGACUGCUACAACGCCGACGAAGGCGACAUGAAGAUGCUUAAGGUCUUGUCGUCGUCUGGAGAGCCAACAGUGAAGUCGUUCCAGUCGCUCGUCGGCAGUUUGCUUUGGAUAGCACGUUGCACGCGUCCAGAUGUCGCGUUUGCGGUGCAUAAAGCAACUCGACAGACGCACGCACCUCGGCUCAAGGACUGGAAGUUGGCGAAGCGUAUUGCUCGCUAUCUCAAGGGCACAACUGCCUUGAAGAUGAUCAUGACUCCAGUGCAUGACGCGAGCUCUCCAAUUACGCUCGAGGCGUACAGCGACGCUAAUUACGCCGCGGACAAGAGCGACCGCAAGUCCCUAACUGGCAGUGUCGUGCUCGUGAACGGCAUGGCUGUCAGCUGGGCGUCGCGCAAGCAAGGCGGCGUGACACUCUCGACCAUGGAGGCCGAGUUUGUGGCCGCGUCGGAGACUGCACGAGAACUUCUCGGCAUUCGAGAGAUGCUCGGUGAGGUGGGCAUGGCACCUGAGCUGCCCAUGACAUUUCAUGUUGACAACCAAGCAGCGAUACGACAGCUCGACGGCGAAGCGACAUCGAUGAAGGCAAAGCACAUCGACGUGCGAGUCAAGUUUGUGUGCGAUUUCGUGCGUCGUGGCGUGAUCAAGGCUCAAUACGUCCACACAGACGAACAGCUUGCCGACGCACUGACAAAAGCCCUCGACGCGCCAAAGCUCGCGGCGAUGAGAAAGCUCCUCGGUGUGGCGUAG